GCUCUGUGCCAGACACUGUUCUAGGCGCCGGGGAAGCGGUCGUGAGACGCAGGGGCGCUGCUCGCUUGGCGGGCGUGUUGCAAGUGACUGCUCCCUACUUUUGGAAUCAAGUGCCUAGUCUUGGACACCAGUGUAUCUGGGACCUCUGAGCAGUCGAGCCAGGGGCCCCCGGGAGCCUGAGGGUGGCACUUUCCCUACCUCCUAGUGUCCUCGGCUCACCUGGCCGGCCUGGCUGGGGAGGGGUGUGCGCCCGCGCGGGUGUACCCGGGCGCUCGUCGGUGCGCGCGCGCGCGCGCGUGUGUUUGCGGCUGAAACCCGACACCUCCCGCUGGCUGAGGUCAGGGAGCCGGGAGCGAGCCAGUGGCCCGGGAGUGGGCGGUGUUGCGCUUGGGUGUGUCCUCGGCGGCGGCGACAGCAGCAGGUGUUUCUUGGCCGGGGCCCCGGAAGCUCCACCUCCCCAGCGGCCCCGAGCCGCCGCCGCCGAGCAGCCCCGGGUGAGAUAAGCAGUUUAGACAAACACUGGGCGAAGGUGGCUCCAGCAUGUGUCAGGCGAGGCGGAGCUGUGGGGCCCUGGCAUGAAAGGCAUGAGCCAUGAGCCCAAGUCCCCUUCACUAGGGAUGCUUUCCACCGCGACCAGGACCACCGCCACCGUCAACCCCCUCACCCCCUCGCCGCUCAAUGGCGCCCUGGUGCCCAGCGGCAGCCCCGCCACCAGCAGCGCGCUGUCGGCCCAGGCCGCGCCGUCCUCCAGCUUUGCUGCCGCGCUGCGCAAGCUCGCCAAACAGGCGGAGGAGCCCAGAGGUAAGAGGCGCGCCCGCCGGGCGGCUCCACGAAGCGGGGGAGAGAGCAGCCCCUUCCUUCCUGCCCAGGCUUCGCGGCUCCUUCGCUCGGGGCGAAGCAGCCGGUCCCACGAGCCGCCACCCCGCACGUUCCCGGGGCUCCGGGGGCGGGGCCGCUCCCGCCCCCCCCGGCCGCAGGAGCCCCGCCGCUGUCGGGAGGCCCCGCUGUUCGGGGCCACCGCACACCACGCGGCCGGAGAGCAGAGAUACGGUGAGCUCCGUGCCGGCGAGGCCCCCGGAACAGGCGUCCUGGGCUGGCUGUGA